CUCAGACAACCCCAGUUAAUGAAGCUAACAACUCCAGUUUUGUCUAUCUAUAAGAUCUAGUGUUUAGUAAAUCGGAAGAUGCACUAGAAAAUCUCAAAAAAUGGACAUGAAAUUGGCCGAAAUCCAAAAGAGGAUGCUCACAAUCAUUCUUCUAUGCCUUCUGGUUUCAUUUUCUUCAGAGGCUGCUCCACAAACCCAAUUGGCCACACCAUUAGAACCAACAGGAGAAGUCAUCAACUCACCAACAAAGCCACAAGGUCUUCCGAUUGAGAGCCAGAACCAACCAAUUCUUGGUCAGCCAUCUACUUCUUCUUCUUCUUUUGUAAACCAGCCUAUAACCGGAUUUAAUCAGCCAUUAACCGGAUUAAAUCAGCCAUCAUCAACUGGACUCAGCCAACCGAUUCUUGAUCAACCAUCUUCCUCUUCUUCUUCUGUAAACCAACCUUUAACCGGUCUAAACCAACCAUUAACCGGGUUUAGUCAACCAUCAUCAACUGGAUUCAACCAACCAAUUUCUUCUGCUUCUUCUUCUAAUUCUGGUCUCAAUCAGCCAUUUGGGAAUCGACUCAACCAGAACGGUCUCUCGGGAAACGGUGUUCCAUUUCUUAAUGGAAAUUCGAAGCUAGAGGUCUCCAUUACAAAGAUUGUCUUUAUCUGGAUUGCUCUUCUCCUAGCAUUGCACGGUACAGAGAGGAACUGA